CUCAUCUCUCUCUCUCUCUCUCAUGGGUCUCUGCAAUCCUGCGCUUCACCUUCUCAUCACUGCUCUCUCUUUCUUAGCUACUGCUACCGAUCACGGGGCAGCUGUUUUUACACUGCACAACAAUUGCAGGAACACCGUAUGGCCCGGGAUUCUGCCCGGAGCCGGAAAACCGACCCUAAUGAACGGCGGUCUCCGUCUUAGACCCGCCCAAUCCGUCAACAUCACCGCUCCCGCCGGUUGGUCCGGUCGCUUCUGGGGCCGCCGUUUUUGCUCUUUCGAUCCCUCCGGCCGCAACGGGACUUGCGCCACCGGCGACUGCGGCGGCUCGCUGCACUGCGCAGGGGCAGGUGGCGUGCCGCCGGCGACCCUGGCCGAGUUCACCCUCGGCAGCCCGCUGGACUUCUACGAUGUCAGCCUGGUGGACGGCUACAACAUGCGGAUGUCGGUAGUCCCCUAUGGCGGGUCGGGUGGGUCGUGCACGAGGGUGUCCUGCAUUUCGGACCUGAACCGUCACUGUCCCACAGCCUUGCAGGUGAGAAGACAGGGGAGGGUGGUGGGGUGCAAGAGCGCAUGCGCGGCUUACGGCUCGCCGGAAUACUGUUGCACCGGCGAGUAUGGGAGUCCCAAGAAGUGCAAGCCGACGAAGUACUCAAAAGUUUUCAAGGCAUUUUGCCCAUCAGCUUACAGCUACGCAUAUGAUGAUCAAACCAGCACUUUUACCUGCGAGUCUGCUCAUUACCUCAUUACCUUCUGCUGAUAUCAUUUCGAUCCACGAAAGGAAUUUAGAUUAACGUUUCGCAGAGCCUUGAGAAGACGAUCUUCCACUUUUAGUCCUACUUAAUUAAUUUGGGUACUUAAAUAGAUAUAUUUUUAAUUGUCAAAAUUUUUCUAUUUUAACAGUUAUUUUUUUAAUUUUUUUUUGUAUUGCAGUUCUGUUCUAUUAAUAAACUAAUAAAUGAAAGAUCAAUUGAUAAGGAAAGCUGAAGAAUUCCUUUUGUAUAUUCCAUAGAGAGAUAGCUUUUUAAAGGCUUUUGUUGACUCGUGUGACUCAUGAAGCUGAAUCAGUUUUAUUUGUUGC